CGUUCAUGUUCGCGCGAAGAUGCACGAUGAUUAAUUUGAUCGGCGUUCGAAAACUUAUGAAAGUUUCCGGACGAGAUCUUGAGGUUCGGGUCUUGUAACAGCUUCAUCAUCUCUUAACGUGACACCUUCGGCGCGAGUGAAACUUCUGACACAGACUGAUGCAAGGGCUGACUGGAGGGAGAACCUACGAGUCAAAGCUGAUCGACGCCAUUCUACGCAUUUAAAUUUUCAUUCGGCGUUCGUUUCGAUGUGUCGUGCCCUUGCGGCUGAGGGUGAUAUAUAGGGGGAAAAAAACCCCCCAAUUAGGACAGCGGAACUGCGGCUGAGCUGAAGGAUAGUAAUUCGUAUCCACCGCGGGCCGGAUGCAUUUUUUCCUUCUUCUCUCGUUGGUCCGACAGGGAUGAUCGGAUUUUGCGAUUGCCUCGUUUAGCGACUCUUAAUGUGCAUGAAUUACUGACCUGCUGAUCUCAUGUUGCAUGGUACAAGUUAAUUUGUCAUUUAUCCCGGCGAAAACCCAACCCCAGGCAUGUUUCUCGUAUUAUAAGACAAGAGGGCUGCCGAAUUCCCCGGAUUCAACAAUAGAAGGAUAAUCAUCCCGUCAGUCACCCGUCGCCAGUGACUCAAGACCAUGGAAAGCGAAAAGCAACUGCCAUGGGGUUACCGAUGGCGCUCAUCCCGAAUCUUCAUCCUUACGACGGUUCUCGUCGCCUUGUUUGCUGAAACCUUCCUGUAUGGCUUUGUGGUUCCGAUCUUGAGCUUUAUGCUCGAAGAUCGUCUUAGCAUGGAUCCAUCCAAAACCCAGCGGAUGACCACUGCUGUCCUGACUGUCCAUGGCUUCGUGUCUCUGAUCUCCGCGCCCAUCAUUGCCCAUUUUGCGGACAAGACACCGAGCCGGAAGACUCCGCUGCUGAUCGCUCUUGCAGGAUGCGUGGCAGGUACCCUUUUAGUAGCCUCCACUUUUUCCAUUGAGGCGCUGUUUAUCGGUCGGAUCCUGCAGGCAGUGUCCGGUAGCGCCACAUGGAUUGUAGGGUUUGCGACCUUGACUGAUAAUAUCGACCUGGACCAUAUUGGUAAGGCACUAGGAACGGCUAUGUCCAUUGUGACAGCCGCACAGCUCGGUGGCCCUAUCGUCGCUGGUGCGCUACUGGAGUUGGUGGGAUACUGGCCGACUUGGAGCGCUCCUCUGCUGGUGCUCUUCCUGGAUAUUAUCGCACGUCUACUGAUGAUCGAAAGGCGAGAACUACCGCUUGAGCGACCCAGCUCUCCCAAGCUAACCGCUCCUCGCGACCCCGAGGAGAGCGAAAGGGCGCCACUGCUUCCACCGUCAUCCCCUACCAACGAGUCCCCAGACUCCAACACAGGCGCCACGGAGACUGAGCAAGUCAAGUCAUCUCGCUCUUUCUACCGCAUUAUGAUCAGUGAUGCUGGCGUUGUGGCCUGUGUAAUAAACACACUUGUUUUUGCAACCCUCAUUUCCGCUUUCGAUGCCACCCUCCCGCUUCAUUUGCGCGAUACCUUUCACUGGAACACCCUCUCCGUGGGCAUGAUUUUCCUAACUCUCCAACUUCCCCCUAUGUUCCUUGGCCCUGCGGUCGGGUGGCUUCGCGAUCGAGUUGGUGCCAGGUGGCCUGCGACGAUCGGCUGGGCGCUCUCGACCCCAUUUCUGUGGCUGUUGGGGGUCCCGGGGGAUAAGAAGUUCCCAUGGGCUAGCCCAGAAACCAAUGGCGAAGCCAUCUUCCUCACUGGUCUGGUUAGUCUUGGUAUUAUCUUCACCUUGAUUCGCGGUGGGGGCACGAUGCAGUUGGUUGCUGCUACCAAGGACAUGGAAGCAAAGGAUCCAAAUAUCUUCGGAGAAUUCGGUGGUAGUUCCCGGGUCUUCUCCUUGACCGAAGUAGCAUUCAGUCUUGGUUCCAUGCUAGGUCCGCUGAUUUCAGGCACUUUAUCCGAAACUGCCGGUUAUUACUAUAUGAAUCUAGUUAUGGGUGCAUUUUGCCUUCCGGUGGCGUUGUCGUGUUUUCUGUACUUCCGACUUUGAGUAAUGGGUGGGUUUAAAAUUAGGAUAUACGUAAUGUUUUUAUUGUGUACGAAGUAGAAAAGGGAAAUAUAAUAUAGUCUGCAUUUAUAGCG